CCGAUACGCCGUGGACAGAAAGCCGCGUGGAUGUCACAGGAAAGGCAGGGAGCUUUCCAGUUAGUCGCUGUUGAAACGAGCUGGCUGAGAAUUGAAUGGCAGCGGCAGUCGGCUUGUUUUUGCAGUGAAGAAAUGUGAAGCUUCUGCGCCUUUGUGGAAGAGCCACAUAUUAAAUAAAUAAAUCCACAACAGUUUUUGUUCCAUCGAAUGUCACACAUUCUCGUUUUGUUUGAAAGAAACUUCGUUUACCUCCUGAACGGAAGCUAAUGUUGACGCUGGUCGAGCCUGCUCUGCUGUUAUCAGACGGUUUAAAUCGCCAUAUGAUCCACGAACUAGCUAGUUGAGUCGCUGGUUAGCCAACUAGCUAAAAUUAGCUCAGGGCUGGAGAGUGAAGCCCCGCUCGUUUCUCCACUCUUCCUGCUGCAAACAGCCGUUGUUUGGAUUUUGCUAGUGCCGGGACUCGGUUAUGUUUAAUGGCGGCCCUCCCCAGGACUCGGUUCACUACCAGGUGGUUGUGGGAAGCGUUAAAGUUAGCCGAGCUAGCAGAGCUGACAUGGCGAGCUGUGAUGGCGACGUGACUCAGUGGAGGUGGGAGCGGAGCGGGAAGGAACGUUCCUCUACGGCUGCGCUGGUUAUCCUGAGCCCGUAGCCGCUCAGUGUGCCCUCAUCGACCCACCGAUAUUUAACCAACAGUCCGCUGGAACCACCGGCUCUGUGUCAGUCGAAGUAAAUGUUGCUAGUUAAGUUAACGUGAGUUGUUUGUGCCACAUAUCUGAUCUGGUCCGGGCAGGGAGGAGGGAGGGGGCUGCACCGAGCCAGAAAAGAAUGCCUGAGCUAACACAAUGAUCUGAAAUCUUUCGAGCUGGACUCCCUCAAAUAACCGGAAAGAUGAAGGCAGCAGAUGAGCCUGCCUACCUGACAGUGGGGACGGAUGUCAGUGCCAAGUACAGAGGAGCCUUCUGUGAGGCCAAGAUCAAGACUGUGAAACGCCUGGUGAAGGUCAAGGUGACUCUGAAAGGUGAAAGUACGUCCCAGGUGGUGCAGGACGACCAGGUCAAAGGACCACUGAGGGUGGGCUCUACAGUGGAGGUGAAGACUAACGAGGGUUUAUUCAGCGAGGCCAUCAUCAGUAAACUGACAGACGCCAGCCUGUACACUGUGGUGUUUGAUGACGGAGAUGAGAAGACUCUUCGUCGUACGUCCCUGUGUCUGAAGGGGGAGCGACAUUUUGCAGAGAGUGAGACGUUGGACCAGCUGCCGUUGACCAACCCGGAGCAUUUCGGCACUCCGGUCAUCGGCAAGAAGUCGAACCGUGGCGGUCGACGUUCGUCACAAGCUGUUGCUGACGAGGAAAAUGAGUCUUCAUCCAGUGAGGAUGAGGAAGAGGACAGGAGAAGGCUGAAUGAUGAGCUGCUGGGAAAAGUCUGCAGCAUUGAGAACGAGGAGGAGCCGAGCAGCUGGUACCUAGCUCUGGUGGUGUCUCCCAGCUGUAAUGAUGAGCUGCAGGUGAAGAAGGAUCAGUGUCUGGUCAGAGCCUUCAGCGACUCCAAGUUCUACACUGUGGCGAGGAGACACGUCCACGUCGUCAGCUCCGUCAGCAUCGCCAAGUCUGAGUUCUCCAACAGGAAGGGUUUUGAAGCAGCCCAGAUGUUCCUGAAGAGCAAGCAGGUUCCAGAUGUGUGGAAGAUGGACAUGAGUCAGAUUCUGGACUCGUCCUCUAGUGAUGAUGAUGAGGACGAUGAAGAGGAGAAGGAGAGUGAUGAGGAUGAGGAGGACGAAGACGAAAAGAAAAAGAAGAAACGCAUAAAGGAGGAGCCGGAAGAGGAGCUGGAUCCAGAGGAGCGAGACCACUUCCUGCAGCAGCUCUACAAGUUCAUGGAGGACAGAGGGACCCCCAUCAACAAACCUCCAGUGCUGGGCUAUAAGGACCUGAACCUGUUCAAGCUCUUCAGACUGGUUUACCACCUGGGAGGCUGCCGCAAGAUUGAGUCAGGGACUGUGUGGAAGCAGGUCUACAUGGACCUGGGGAUCCCAGUCCUCAACUCUGCUGCAUCCUACAACGUCAAGACGGCCUACAGGAAGUAUCUGUAUGGCUUUGAGGAGUACUGCCGCUCAGCCUCCAUCACCUUCAGGACCAUCCAUCACAACAAUCCCCGCCCUCCACCUGCUCUGGCUAAUCAGAAGCAGACAGGGGUGGAGCUUGAAGAUCCCCCCAUGGCACCGGAGAAAACGGAGCCUGUCAAUGACAAGAUGAAGGGGGUGGAGUCAGAGAGCGAGAGCGAGAAGGAGGAGGUGAAGGAGAGACAGUCGUCCCCAAGGGGGAGGAGGAGGUGUGUGGGCAGUCAGGUGAAGGUGGAGACAGAGUCUCCCUCUAGACCAGAGAAGAGAGGAGGAGAAAACAUCGAGGAACAGAAGGAGAUGAGGAGACGCAGCAAUAGAAGAAUGGACGACUCGGAGAGAGGCUCUGAGGAAGAGGAGGAGGAGGAGGAUGAGGAGGAGAUGGAGAGGAAGAGAGGAGACAGGUCUGAAGGCGAGGAGGAUGAGGACUCUCUGACAGGUACGAAGGUCAGGGUGAAGUAUGGCAGAGGAAAGACUCAGAAGAUCUAUGAGGCUCACAUCAAGAAGACAGACGUGGACAACGGAGAGCAGUUCUAUCUGGUUCACUACUACGGCUGGAACGUCAGGUACGACGAAUGGGUGAAGGCAGAUCGCAUCAUCUGGCCUGCUGAGAAAGGAACAAAGAAGAGACAGAGGAAGAAGGUGAAGAACAAAGACGAGCAAGAGAAGGAGAGGGAAAAAGAUGAAGAAAAGCCGCCCUCGGUGACGGUGAAAUCGACAGGAGCGAAGCGCGGCCGUCCUCAGAUCAGGACCACGCCCAGCGGCUCAGCAGGUCGUGGCAUCUCUAAAACACCCAGCAAUGGCAAGGGCAGCAGGAUGGAGACACUAUCCACCAUGGCCAAUGGAGACAACACUCCUCGCAGGAGAACCCGGAGAACAUCAGGCAUGUACGACUCUGACAGAGCAUCCAAUGAGGAGUCUGGGAACUCAUCAGAGGACAGCGAAUCAGAAGAACUGUCAGACAAAAAGCUGUCACCAUGGCGAGGGAGGAGUGAAGCCCCGCCCAGCCAGGAGGAGGAGGAGGAGGAGGAAGAGGAAGAGGAAGAGGAGGAGGAGGAGGAGGAGGAGGAGGAGGAGGAUGAGGAGGUGGUGAAGGAGGAGGAGACAAGAGAGGUCUCUACUGUCAUGGUGACCCCCAAGGACAACGCUGUGGACACAGCAACAGGAGGUCAGCCGCCCGCAGCCUCUGCUCCACCAUGUCCCAGCAUUCCUCAGGAGAAAGCUGACAAAGUGCUGAGCCAAUCAGAAAAGAAGGAGGCAGAGCAGGGAGAGGAUCCUGCAGCAGAAGCUGCCAUGCUGCCUGCUCACCUGGAUGAAGAAAGCAAAAUGUCUGUGGUGCAGGACCGGGUCCCAGAGAUGUCUCCCAAACAGGAAGUGCUCACUAUGAUGUCCUCCAGCAGGACGUCUCCUCUGCCUGACCGGAUCAGCAAAAAGUGUCCCACUGCCGCAGACAAAUACAAAGUGUCUCCUGAACAGCUGCAGGUUUCCUCCCCUCAGCUUGACCCUUCAGAGGAGGAGGACAGCAGGUCCACUCCUCUGUCCUCCCCCAGGGCCAAAGGACGCAGGGCCAUCCUCAGGGAAACAGGUUCUGAGACUCCUCCCAAAAUCCCCUUCUGCGCUCCCGCCCCUGCUGCCAGCCCCUCCCACUUGGGACUUCUGUCGUCUCCUCCUCGCAGCGUCCUGAAGAGACAGGACGAGCCCAUGGUGGUUCUUCACUGCCUCCCCACCCAGCGCACUCACCCUGAGUCUGCUGCCGCUGACUCGGACACAGACUCAGCCACUGAGGAGGAGGAGGAGGAGGAGGGCUCACCUGAGGAGAGGAGCAGCUCUGUGCUCAAACGAAAGGCGGCUGAGCAGCGAGCAGCAGAUAAGAAGCUCCGCCCUGACAGGAGGCAGGAGGAGCCCGCUUCCCCCAAAACACCCCCUGUGCCAUCCAAGAUGGCUGCUGGAGCUUCACCCAAGAGCCUCCCUUCACCUCUGUGCAGGGGGGAGUCAGAGAGGAGGAGCGAGGGAGGGAUGAAGGCAGAGGAGUGGCCCCACCCAGCUGAGGAGACACCACGGGAAGUGUCAGCGGAACGGCUGGUUGGUGUAGCCACAAAGGAGUCAGAGGUGCAUGCUGGGACGCCUCUUCCUGCUGCAGAGGCCCUGGGCCCCGCCCCCGCAGAAGAACUGGAGCCACAGAUUGGCCCUGAGGCCCUCGUUUGCCACGAGGUGGACCUAGAUGACCCAGAUGAGAAGGAGAAGCCCUCCCCCUCCCCCUCCCCAGAGCACCUCCUCCUGAUGAUGAGGGAGCAGCAACAAGUCCCUCCCCCAUUGCCUAAUCUCCUCCACACCUCCCUCCCCGCCUCUCACCUCCUUCAAUCCCAGAUCAGGACCUUCCUGCCAGCCCCUGUACCCGGCUCCAGCCCCUGCCCUGAGGAGCUCCACACAGCCAGGGGUGCCACUGAGGAGGAGCGAGGAGCAGCAAGCGGGGAGCAGCAGGGAGACUUCAGCCCUGGGUUUGAUGGCAGCGCCUCCUCUACCACCUCCACGUCUCUGCUGUCCCUGCAGGAGACCAAGGACAGAGGUCAGAAGAGGCUGAUGGACUGUAACUCGAGCCCGACGGCCAAGAAACAAAAACGCAACCAGAAACGACCACACACACCUGGGAAGGUGGAGAAGAACGGAGCAGGUCACAGCAGUGACAGCGAGGACCAGUCUCGUUUGUCGUCUGUCUCUCAGAAGUCUCAGAAGUCUCGUUGUCCUGGACUGUCGUCUCCACCGUCUCACAGUAAAGACAAACACAACUUCUCCCCUCAGAGGACGUACAAGUGGACCUUCCAGCUCGAUGAGUUGGACAGCAUGUCGAGCACAGAGAGGAUCUCCUUCCUGCAGGAGAAGCUGCAGGAGAUCAGGAAGUACUACAUGACCCUGAAAUCAGAGGUGGCAUCCAUCGACAGACGCAGGAAGAGACUAAAAAAGAAAGAGAGAGAAGUGUCCAACACAACGGCGUCCACCUCGUCAGGCUCCUCGGACACAGCUAUGAGUCCAUCCUCGGCCUCGCCCACUCAAAACACCGUUGCCGUGGAGUGCAGGUGAUGACACGCCCUCAUCAUCACUCCCUUCUGGUCAGCCCCGCCCCGUCCCGCCACAGAUUCUGCCUACUCGGCCAGCGCUGAGGGCAUGAUGGGGAAGAACAUGAUAACUCUCGCCAGGUUGGAGUCUCCCACCUGACGUUAGCCCCGCCCCCUCACCUAAGGACUGACUUCCUGCUUGAGGAGACAAAUGAGACCGAAAAAUCAGCCGUCUGUUCAACUGCCACAGAGUAGUUCCUUAUUUUCUUAUUUCCUUCCUUCCUUCCUUCCUUUGUUUUUUCUAAAUCUAAAAUUUUUUUAUUUUUUUGUUUUUUUCGUCGUGUUGUGGGGUCAGAGGUUUCCAGUUUACUGAGUUUCCUUUAAGGUCGAACAGAACAGGAAGUAGAGUCCUGAAGCAGCACAGCUCUUUAUGCAAUUUUCUUUCCUUUUUUGUUAAUUUCUAUUUUCAAAAAAAAAAAAAAAAAAAAAAAAAACUGAAUAGAGGAAAAAAGACUUCCUGCUGUGAGUGUUUUUGGCCUUUUUAUACAGAAUCAGAGCUUUUAUUUUGGUAAAAACAAAAAAAAAAUUCCAAAAAGUUUGAUGUCACAGCGGGAGAGAAAAUGAAAUAUUUGUAGAGGUGAACCUUUUGUUUUUGUGUAAAAUAAUUAAAACAAAGUUUAUUUAUUCAGUUAGUAAACACAGAUUGUGCGUGUGUGUGUGUGUGUGUGUGUGUGACUGCCAGGAAAAACUUGCGAUGGAUGAAAAUAAAGAAACUCCUGCUGAGUGAAGACACAAAACCAGUCAAUGUUUUCAUUCCAAUUUGGUGUGUUUGGGUUCUCAGUCAGACUCGGUAAAUCUCAGCGCUUUUCUUCCAGAAAUUUAAUCAUAAUUUCAACUCAUUAAAUCAAAAUUCUCACAGUUUUCAUUUAGUGAGUCUGAAAAUCUCGUUACAACUUAAAGUCACAUUAACAAGAUUUCAACUUUAAUCUUCUUUUUCUUUUAAAUUAGUUCCUACUUAAGUUUACUUUAGUAAGUUGGCUUUUUAUUCUUAAUUUAAAAAAUGCAGAGUUUAAAUAAACGCAAUUUUGACUUCAGGAGUCUUCACUGUGGUUUCAUCGUGAGUUGGUUUCCUUUCGUCCUUUUCUUUUUCUCUGGCUCAUUUGAUCCUCCACAUGCUCAGUGCCGACUUCGCUCCCGGAGGAUCCCAGACUCUUCUUCUUCUGUUGUUUGCUCUGUGUGCGUGGCUGCGACAGACGGCUGCUUUCAUUUGUUUUGUAUAUAAAAGUUCUGAGUAAAGAAAAGAAUAAAACCACACCAUGUAUUUGAGAACUACAUUUUACACGCCUGUAAAGAAUGAUUUCUAAUAUUUUUUAAGAGCAGACAGUUUGUACUGUUGUAAGAUGAACUCCUCCGUUGUUCUUUUAUUUUACUUUCCAUGUGGUGUUUUGCUAGCGGCGGUUUGAGAGCGAUGACUGUAAAUACAGAAACACUUCCUCCUGACAGCAGAAGCCAUGUUGGACAAUAAACAGUUCUCUGUUUCAAUAAAGCUUUUAAAUAUGUA